UGUCAAUGUUUUGCUUUUGCACUACUGUGAUGCCCGUAGGUAGUUUUUGUUUUCGCUACGGGGACCUAGUAUUCCGAGUCGUACUAGAAACCAAGACAAUCGGAAUGUGAAUCAGAACACAGCGAGCAGUAGUUCUUUGAUUUAGGUGUCUCUCCUUAUAAUUUUCGACGUCGAUCAGCUACAAUGCCGGUUCGAGUUCCGCAAAGUUUCGCUUCAUGCGUGUUGUGGAAUGUUCUGGCAAUUGUGCUGACUUGCAAUAAUUUAAUGCCUUUCAUCACCUGCACGACAAAUGCACCCUUCUGCGCCACCGUCACCCCCGCAGCAGCUGUGAGAUUGACUUCAACAGUCGGCGAUGGGGAGGGAUCUUUCGCCAGGAAGAUAAGCGAUGUCGGCAGUAGCAGAGUUUCGAGCUCCAGUAGCGUUGGCGGAACAACGACGGUCGGCACCAAUUACAACGUGUCGAGGACCUAUUCAGAGUCCACAGCGCGCGAUUCCGAGCCUGGAGAACCUUUUCCGGAGCAAGAUGUGGGAGUGUUGGACGCAGUGAGUAGAGCGGACGAGGGGAGCACGGCGCCGCUAGCCCUUCCGCGUACCGUCACGCAGCCCAAGAAAAGUUCCGAAAUCGACACGAUGGAACUGGUUGACAAUGGGGAAAAACUAGUAUACGGGGGAAACAUUUCCGAUCGUCUUGUACUGCCCGCGCCGGAAAAAAAAGUAAAACCCACCCCGGUCGUUCUGUGCGAGAAGAAAAACACUAGCCGUGAUCACGAUAAGGUCGUGGUCGCAGAUCUCCUGAUUCCGCGAUCCGGCAGCUUCUUGCCUGACCGCGCGAAUUCGUUAUCGUCCAGCUGUUCCACUGCGACGCCGGAGAGCAGUUAUGCAAGCACGUGCGUGACGCCCCUCUCGGCGCUGCUUGACAUACGGCAAUGGGAGGAGGAUUCAAUGGAAGAACCGGAACCAGAAAAGGGACCUGUGGAAAAGAGCCCGGGUUUGGGUGCAGCAACUUCAGCGCGUCCUGGAAAAAGCUCUUCCGCAGCUUUCGGAGCCGCACCAUCUCCGACGACCGCAGCAGCACCAUGGAAGGAGAAGCACAGUGCAACAUGGCCGGGGAGCAGUAGAAGUACUAGUAGCAGCGUGCCACGCCAGGGUGCGGGAGGCAGCAACGCAGGGAAAAAUAAGCCCAGGCGCAAAGGUGGGGGUCUAGCGCUUGAAAAACCCAUGCCAACUGUAACGGAGCAGAGAGUGAUUACGCGCUCGGAUGAAAAUAGCGGCGACCGGAUAGUCGUCCAGGUGAUCGACUCUCCUUCCGUGGAGCUUUUUCGGCGGAAAAGAGACCCGACCUCGGGAAAAAAAGUAGAAGAACCAGCGGGACAUGUUUACAUGCGACCCUGGGAUGAGCAGCGUGAGUAUGGGACGAUGGUGUAUUCCCGGCUCGAGGAGCCGACAAGGGGGACACAGGAAUCCGCUUGACUGUGAGGGUUUACGGCGUUAUUUGCAACCGGGUAAUUAUGCAACGAAUGAAGUAGAGAUGGUUAGUACUUAUUACUUGAGAAGAUCCACAUGCAGUAGCAAUGGCGAUUCUCCGCUUCACGAUCUGCCGCUGAAAGGCAAGACUUAUUUCUAAAUUGGAAUACAGUUUGGUUGGUUUUCAAAAUGCAUAUGUUGAACGAGUUAUGAUUUCUGCAAGUAGGGCAGCCGAAUAAGAACAAGAGCAGAUCGUGUGCGCACGUUGAACUUUUGUUUGUCAGAAAUUUAAAUCUGCAGUGUUUGGUGGAUCGUCGUGCUUUUUGAUGAAAAUGCAAUCGACGCGCAAUUGAGCCAGUUCUGCUAUCGUUGGUGCCG